ACAAUGCAUGCCAUCCCAUAAAAGCCUCACUUCUCACCUAUCGUUCAUUUCCUCUCGGAAGAAAACCCUAGCAGAGCUCCAGCCGUGCUCCCCGAUUCGAACCUCCCCUAAGAGCUCUUCAACACCUUCGUGCCAUAGCCCAGUGUUUCAAGUUAGGAAAAACACUUGCCCUGCAUGAUCUUAUCAAGAGCAAGCAAGACAUGGGCACAUGGUCAAACGACAUGAGACGGGACACGAAGCUUCUUCCCGACGCCGUCAAUGAUAAAUUAUCAAGGUGCUGCUCGCCAAGAACUUGAUCAAAGAAGCGGGUUUCAUUGCAGCUUUGUAUGCACUAGUAGAGUGGGAAAAGACUCUGCAGAUUAUUGGAGUCUUUGGCCUUGGCCAGUUUGGAUUGCGGCCGGGAAACUCGAGACAAACGGAAUCGGCCUUCCAACAUCACCUUCAUCCUCCGAUGUGCAAAACCGUGUCCUGCAGGCUGCUGCGAGGCAUGAGUCCCAGCCAUCCGAGGACGAAGGGAGCCAGGAGUUCUCUCCCGAAUCCGUUUCGUCUUCCAGUGACCGCGGAGAACUCUCCGAAGCAUAAGCAGUUCCAUACUGUUUCGUCGGCAGGAUUUCAAUUUUCUGGCCUUAUGAGAUCGUUGUAAUCGUAGGAGGGUGACGGAUUAAAAAGAGAGGAAAGAGCACAAGUUCAGGCUGACCUCAGAUGAAAAUUAGGGGAUACUUCUGUACAUGCAAUGUGGUAUUUUUGAAGAAACUCACUGUUCUUUUUUGUUGUCUCAAUUGUUAAGAUCUUCACGAUCACGAACGUCUAGUAAAAGGGAUAGUUGUAUUUAAGUCACUCCAACCCCAUUUGUUUC